AUGGGUUUCGGCGAGGAUAAGACAAUCAAAGCCAUACCAACAGUGGUUACGCUGCUGGCAGGAGAAAAGGUGGUCCAGGCCUCAUGUGGCGGCACUCACUCCCUCGUUGUCACGCUUGAUGGGCGAAUGUUCACUUUUGGCAGAGUGGAUGAUGGCAGGCUCGGGCCAGCAGGCUCAGUAACAACAGGCGACCUCGUCAGAGUCCCUCUCCCAGGGGAUCCCGAUGCUACCUUCCACCCAGACGACCAUCCGAACCUGCACAGCAGGCUCGGCAGCAUCAGCCGCUCCCUUAGCGGCUCCUCUGCCCUCUAUCAGUAA